AGUGAAGAAAGAGAUCUCGUGAAUAUUUUUGCUAGUCUCAGUCUAAAGCCUUCGAAUCUUCCUGCUCGAGAUGCUCCUUGGAAGGGAGAGGCUUCAUCCUUGAUGCAGCCACGCCUGGAGAAUUCAUUGGUGGGUUAAACACUACCAUGUAAUGCCAGGAACCAAGCCAAACAAAAAAAAUUAAAAACUCAGAGAGAAUGAGAGGGGAAAUUGACUCUUUCCAACUAACAGGAACAAGACAUUUUCCUUAAAGACUACCAAUAGAUUGAUAGUGUUCUUAUGGUCAACAAGGACAAGAAUUCCAGGGCUGCUCACCUUGAGUACACCUGUACUACAAUACAUGCCUAAUGGGAGAAGUGGUUGUACGCUCAAAAUCAAAACUCUCCUUUGAAUAUCCUACGAAGGUUGAAUAUAAUGAAAGAUGUUGCAUCGGCAUUGGAAUACCUUCAUCAUGGUCAUCGUCCAAAUCAUGUUGUCCAUUGUGAUGUGAAGCCAGGAAACAUACUACUUGAUGAUGACAUGGUUGCACAUGUUGCUGAUCUUGGCAUUGCAAGACUCUUAGGUGAAGGAGAUUCUAUGACCCAAACCACGACCCUUGCCACAAUUGGGUAUAUGGCUCCAGAGUUUGGAAUGGAAGGAAUCAUUUCAACCAGAGGAGAUGUGUAUAGUUUCGGUAUUGUACUAAUGGAGACAUUCACAAGGAAGCCAACUGAUGAAAUAUUUGUUGGGGAGAUGAAUUUAAAGCAAUGGAUUGCAAACUCGUUACUUCCAGAUGCUGCAAUUGUUGAAGUUGUUGAUGCCGAUUUACUUGGAACAGAGGAAGAUGGUGAUUUUGUGAGCAGGAGGGAUUGCUUAUCAUCCAUUAUGAGAUUAGCUCUAGCAUGUUGUGCAGAAUUGCUGAAAGAGAGGAUUAACAUGCAAGAAGCUCUAGUCACACUCAAUAAAAUCAAGAUUAAGUUUUUGAAGGACAUAAAGUCAAGCAAACAUUCUGCAUAAAGAAUUUUUGAUUCAAGACUGGGACAUGGAUUAUAUGACUUGGACAAUACGAACUGUACUUGUGAGGGUUUGCACUCAACAUUCAUCCAAUCUCCUUCCUUUGUUCUAACCUCCAAGCCAGCGACGUCAUGCUGAACAACAAUGGUGGUAAGUUCAUGUCUGUGUGGCUCGGAAACCUUACUUUGGAGUCGUUGUCCUCUGGUACUGUAUAUUUGAUGAAUCUAAGAAGGUGACCGUUGGAACUACCAACUGGCCACUAUGUUAUAGCUUAA